AUGCCCCGACGGCUAUCGAACAUUUUCGGGCUAAUCUUCGCGACCAUGGUAGUAAUUCUUUACAUCAGUAGUCCAUACGAACCCGGGAUUUUCAUGAUCAAAAACCCCUAUUUUGCCCGAAAGGAGCCACCGCGGUUCAGGAUGCCGGACUAUUUGGCGUCGAUUGACUGCCGGCGACUUUUCGAAAGGGAUGUAGCCUACAUCGAAGAGCUGUCCGCGCUAGAGGGCAAGUUGGAUCCCAGGUUGAUGCAGAGGAUCGUAGCAAAGGAGGAACCAAUUGUGGGAUCAUGCGUGGAAAUUCGUGCUCGAAUCAUCGGCGAUUAUCCGGCGCCGUUUUUGAACUAUUCCGUGGCGUUUGCGAGAAAUAUCUAUGAAGAGUUUGAAACGUUGGAGAUACUCUUAGCUGCCACAUACAGUCCGGAGAACCAUUAUUGUUACCACGUGGAUGUGAAAUCGACGCCCAAAUUCAAGGCCCAGAUGGAGACGUUGCAAACGUGCUUCCCAAACGUCUAUCUCGUGAAAGAGCAGUUCGAUGUGAGUUCAAGUGGGUUCAACAACAACAUGGCUCACUACAAGUGCAUGGAGGUCUUGCUAGAGAAACCCGGUUGGGAGUAUCUGAUCCUGCUCCAAGCCCAUGACUUGGUGGCGCACACAAACUUGGAGCUGAUGAAGAUGCUACGGCUCCUCAACGGGACCAACGAUAACGAUAUGGAAGAUAUCCCAUGGGAUCGGGUCGCACCCGGUUUAUCGUUCGAGAUCAAGGACCUGAACCUGUGGACGCAGCACACAAAUUUAACGCCUGCCGAACGUGAAAAGGCAAAACUGAAAUUUGCCAAGGGGCUUGAGGAAGCGACUUACAUGAGAGCGGCCAUUCACUGGAUGGUGAAGGAGAUGAACAUUACAACUUUGAUAGAGCGGUUCAACCAAGGGCCAUACGCCGUGGACGAGCUCGCCUUCGCGACUCUGGCAAAUUCGGAAACAUUGCGGAUGCCGGGCGGUUAUCAUAGCGCAUGUUUGGAGAACCGACUUAGGGACAGCUUUUUCACCUACAUUACAAGACACACGCGCUGGAUUGACAACGGCUAUGAGGGAUGCCAUGAACGACACCAAAUUUGUUUGUAUGGAAUCGAAGAUUUGCAAGAAGCCAGAAGAAUCGCCCGCCGCGUGAUCUCAUUAAACAAGUUCCUCGGCUCUCAUGAUUUUGUGGCCAUUGCCUGCAUGGCUGAAAGCCUAUUUAAUCGGACGCAUGGCAGCGAAGAAGAUUUCGACGUCGAGUACAUUGCCAAUCAUUCCGGGAAUGGCCAUAUCAUCCUCGGUGCAAUUUUCGUGUUUUGCUUGGUUGUCGUGUAUCUCUUGAGACCCGACAAUGCCGUCAGUGUCCUCAUGGUUCCCUUUCAAACGACAAGUGUAAGGGGAAUACCUAGGAAGGCUCAAACCCCUUCGCCAAAUGCCACAUGUUCCCCAGUCGAUGUUGGGUGGAUUGAUGCGGACUCUUCGCAAAGAUACCUCGUUGCAUACAUGCAGAUGCACCACGGCGGGAAUCAGAUGGGCAAUUUGGUAUUCGAGCUGCUGGGUCUUGUCGGCAUUGCCAAAGUGCUUGGGAGAUUGCCAGUGAUUGUGCUGGGCAGCGAGUACGACCACGGUGCACGGCCCCAAUUUUGGGAUAACCUCCUCUACUACCCCAAUUUAUACAGCGGCGUCCGGUUCGUGUGCGAUCCGGGAUUUAACGAUAUUUUGCAGAAAGACAGCUAUCGACAAGCCAGCUUCCUUGCCUGGGAUGACAGCUACCCGGUACUGCAAAGAGUCCUCGAGUCCGAAAACGACGCCCAGCUCUUUGUGGCCAUCAUCGACAUGGUGCAGACCUCACGCUACUAUGAAAUCAUGGGAAAAGAGGAUUUGCGGGCGCGGCUUGCAGUCCCCGAACUGACGCGCCGAGUUAUGCGGGUGAAGCUUUUCGGUUUGACAAUAAGAUGGAACGGACAGUUUCGGAUACCCAGGCUGACGUUGAGGGUUGCACUUUGCGUCGCGACGUUUCUGCUUGUUUGCGGGUGUUGCUUAUUUUACCGACGAUCCGGCUCCACAACCUGCAAGCUAUCCGCCGAGAAUUCUGGCUCGGACGAGCGCUCAGAGACGAGCUCCGACAAGAGCUCCGACACUGGCACGGACGCCAGCAUAGACACGAGCUCAGAAACCCAAGCAUCGAGUUCCGGGGACGAAAAGGUCAUCCUUGAGAAGGUCGUGUGGAACUACUAUCGUCCUAGCGUCUCACUACGCCAUCUCAUCCCUGAUCGUGAACCGGAUCCAAACAAUGCGACGUCUGAGCUAACGGACAGCAACGGCCAGCGUAUGAUCGUUCUCGAAGGGUCAUACACUCCUGGCGACUUUGCCGCACGCCCUCAUCUGUAUACGGUAGCAAUCGACAUAGGCGAAAACCUGACCGUCAGCGAGCUGUUGCAGCUGCAGGAAAAAAGCCUCUACAAAAACCUAUUCAUGUACGUCGAUUCGAGGGAUAACGACUUUUUCGAAAUAAUGGACAAGGAUAACAACACCCAAAUACGACUGAUGCCUAAGAGCGCCUACACACGCCUGGGAAAUCUCAUCGUCCCACGGGACCCCGAAUUCCAUCAACGGCUCUGGGCCUGUUCCCGGAAACUGGAAUGCUUGAAUCGCUACGAGAAAUACCUGGAAGAGUUUCCAUGGAUUGACAGAAUUCUCUGUGCGGCCGUUUUGUACGGCCACGUUUUCCAUGUACCCUGCGAUCCUGAUGCAGUAUUGGUGGCGGGGUAUGGGCAAAACUGGCGCGCUGAUCGUCCGUCGGCCGGGUAUGGUUACGAGUCCAAGUUCGUCGCAAAUGGAAGGUUUUUGCCGUCGGAACUCAGCGAAGUCUACCGCAACUUC